AUGUGUUGCAAAGUGAUUUCCAUCUGCUUCAUUCUGAUCGUCAACAUCUGUGUCCUCCUCCUCUGCAUUGCGGGACUGGCACUCACUGGUUGGGCUCAGGCCACUUCCAAACUGGACGAGUUUAACGGACUCACUGGAUUCAAUGUGAGUCAGCUCAAGUACAUCUACUAUGUGUGCUAUGCCAUUUUUGGGGGACUGGCACUCAUCUGCAUUCUGGGCAUUGUCGCCUGCUGUUGCUGCCAGAAAGUGUGCAUGUGCAUUUACGCCAUUCUACUCAUUAUUUUGUCAAUAGUGUUCAUAAUAAUUCUGCUGGCAUGGUGCAUCUUGUUUGCGGUGGUUUUGAGUAAACUGAAGGGAAAUCUGGAGACGCUUCUGUAUGGAUACGAAUCGGAAUAUGCCACCAACGACGAGUCAAUCAUCUUCAACAUUCUACAGAUAGUGUUUGGGGCGUGUGGAGUAGAGAGCUACAAGGACUACAAUGAUGCGAAGAAGUGUCCCGACUGGCAAAAUACGGUCAAAGACUCCACCAGAGAACAGUUACUUGGAGAUUCUGAUUAA